UUGGCUACACAAAAGCCAUCCGAAAAGUUUUCCGACCCUCCUUCAUUUCCACCGUAACCUCUCGCCGUUUCUUUCCCAUUUUCCCGAGAAAAUCAAUUUUUAUUCGCCAUUCGGCAAAAUAAUAAUAGAGCGUUACUGAAUUCUAAUCCAUUCUUCAAAUCCCGAAAAUCAAGCUAAUUCUUCUUCGAUUCUUUUCCAUUAUUUUCCCCGAUGAGAAACGUGGCAUGGCGUAUACGGAGAAUUGAAUGGAGAUGACGAAACUAUGCGAGGUGGGUUGUGCAUGCGAUCAUAGGCGUAGAGAGAGAAUUAUAGAAAAGCAAAAUAAGAAGGGUCUCGCAUCGCAUGCGAGGUAGAUGGAUGAAUUGCCAGGGGCUUUGGGGACGAGUGCCAGCUUGGCUCUGCGAUUGGGACAAGCUAUCUUCUCUGUUGCUUCACUCCUCUUUAUGUGUUUGGAUGUUGAAUUCUACAGUUAUACCGCUUUUUGCUUCCUGGUUACUAUAAUGGGUCUAGAUAUUCCAUGGAGUUUGACAUUGGCCCUGGUGGAUGCAUUCUCUGUCUUUGUCAAACGCCCAUCUCCCCAACCAGGAAUAAUGUCAAUCGUUGUUAUAGGAGAUUGGGUUCUUUCAUUUCUGACACUGGCUGCAGCCUGCUCGACGGCUAGUGUGGCAGAUCUAUUGAUCACUUCAAGUGGUCCAUUCUGCGUUGGAAAAUUAUGCAGCAGAUAUCAACUCUCUGCUGCUAUGGCCUUCUUAUCUUGGUUUCUGUCAUUAGCCUCUUCUAUCUUCAAUCUUUGGCUUCUCCCAUCUCUAUAGGCUAUAUAUAUGUUCAAUCAAUGGUUUACUUUGAGAAAUUUUGUUAUCUCUGAAUUUGAUACUUCUACAGCAAUAGUGUUCAAAUGUACAGGUAAUCCUGAAUGAUACCAUGCAAUUUGACUAUAAAAGAGGGCAACAAUAUAAAGUCAAUAGUACUGAUAGACAUUGCCUCA